AUGGAUAAUUUGCUACUUAAUAUGUUUGGAGACGUCCCCAUAGUGACGAAAACCUGGAUUGCUGGUGUAGUUGUGUUAGCGGUGUGUAUAAACCUCAACCUUCUAGACUACACUAAAGUGAUUUACAGUUAUGAUUUGACGUUCAAAAAAGGACAAUACCUGCGAUUGCCGUACUCAUUACUGGACUACGGACUGUUCGAUUGGGGUUCCAUAUUCAAUUUUUUCGUAGCCAUAGGGUUUUUGAGCGCUUUGGAGAACUCUAUAGCCAAGAGGGGAAGGUACCUAUGGAUGUUGUGCGUAAUAACAAUGCUGAUAGUGGUGAUGAGCCGAUGGAUGCAACCUCUUAGUUCCUUGGGAUACACUUUGCACCAGAACCUUGUGUACUACAAGAUAAGAAGAGAUAUACAGGCAAAUAUCCAAUUGCCAGGCGGAUUCAACGUGUCGCCUUUGCUUUUCCCGUUAUACACAAACGCCAGGAUGUACCUAUCGCUCCCAGUUUCAUUUGGAGAAAUCUUGGUGAACUUCCUGCCGGGACACAUGUAUUUCUUUGUCGAGGAUGCGCUGAGUAAGAUCUACAAUUUGGACUUGGGCAAGCCUCCCAAUGAAUGGUUUUCACGGCCAACGGAGGAGCCACACGGACAGGAACAAGAGCGUGCAAAUGGAGCAGCGCGCAUGCAUGCACAAGAUUAG